AUGUUGAAUAAAAUGGGUGGUCAAUAUGCCCCCAAGACUAGCAGUGGACCACAUAAAUUACUUGAGAGUAUUCCUUUAGUAAUAUUAUUAAGAAAUCGUUUGAAGUAUGCUUUAACUUUUGAUGAAGUAAAGAUGAUAUUAAUUCAAAAAAUCGUAAAGGUUGACAAUAAGGUAAGAACUGAUUGUACAUUUCCAGUUGGUUUGAUGGAUGUAAUUCACAUAACAAAAUCAAAUGAAUAUUUCCGUCUUUUAUAUGACAUAAAGGGAAGAUUUGUACCACAUAGAAUUACAAAUGAGGAGAGUAAAUAUAAAUUAUGUAAGGUAAAAAAAUUAUUAUUAAGGAAAGGAAGAUUAUCAAUAGCUGUAACUCAUGAUGGUAGGAGUAUACCUUAUGUCCACCCAGAAGUCAAAGUAAAUGACACAGUACGUUUGGAUUUAGAAACAGGAAAGGUAUUAGAUCACUUAAAAUUUCAAGUUGGAUGUAUGGUUAUGGUAACAGCUGGACACAGUGUAGGUAGAGUUGGUGUUAUAUCUUCCAUAGAUAAAAAUAUGGGUACAUAUGAUAUUAUUCAUGUGAAAGAUUCGAGAAAUAAAGUUUUCGCUACAAGAUUGAGUAACGUAUUUGUUAUUGGAGAUAACACAAAAUCAUAUAUUAGUUUACCAAGAGAAAAGGGUAUCAAAUUGGAUAUUAUUGAAGAAAGAAGAAAUAGAUUAAAGGCCCUAAAUAAUUAA